GAGGAAAGUUGCAUUGGUUUCAGGCACCUGCAAUUACCCAAGUGACCAGUAGGUGACAGCCUGUACAAACCGAAAACACACGAGAAGAAACGAACAGCCGAAGAAGACGAACAACCAUAGCAACGAUACAAAACAAGUAUGGCGGCGCUUCUGUUCUUCUUGUUGGAUUAUUUCUGUUUUUUCCUUUUGAUUGUUUCUGUAAAUUCAAAAGAAAAUUCAACGAGUAAUUAUUUUAACUCGACAGCGUGGGAGGACUUGAACUUUACAUCUGAAACGACUUUUGUUGCAUCUACGGAGCCGACGGUGUUUAGCUCAACAACCCGGAGCUCCAGCGGUACGGAGCUGCCGCCUCUGCCCGCCGAGCCCCUGCCUGUCUCCGGCCGCCUUCCCACGCCGGUGACCGCUGUCGACAGCCUGUGUCCCUGUGACGAGCUCGCCGACGUGUGCGACAGCAACUGCUGCUGUGAUGCUGACUGUCAGCAGGAGGUGGCGCUGUUCACCAGCUGCUCAGUCACUGCAGUGAGUGACAGCAAGCAACUGUGCAGCCGCGACGUGGCGAGCUACGCUUUGAGAACCAGAGUCGACGGUUUUUCAGAGCUGCUCACGUCCGUCCAAAAAGAGACGAACUACGACGUCUUCUGCAUCCAAUCAUACAACCACAUAGACGGGUUGUCUCUUCCUCCGCCGGCUCUUCCCACCGACAGAAACUUCCAGAGUCUCUUCCAGCAGUUCAGCAGCUUCAUGUUCGGCCCACAGAGCAACGACCAGGAGCUUCCAGCUGAAGUCCAGAGCUCACCGGGAUACCAGUUUGGAGACGUUCUGAGGACUGCAGACCUGAGCGGGGGGAGGGGGGUGUUUUACCUGCCUGCUGCAGGUGUCACUGCUGCCUGUGUGGACCAGAGUCCAGCAGCGUUCCUGAAGGAUCAGCAGAGCCGGUGUUCCCGGCGUGUGAUCCUGGAGUCGGAUUGCAGCUCCCUGCCUGCUCUCAGCGUGGAUUCCUACUCCAACAUCCUGCUGCUUAACGGGAAGAAUCCAGACGCAGCGGUGCUUCCUGUGGGCGUGUCCUCUGUGGUUCUUCAGUCCACAGAAGGAACUCAGUCUGAGCUGACGGUCGGCACCGGAGACGACCUGCGCCCUGUUCUCCUCAGCAACGGCGUCUGCGCUCGUGUGGUGCUGAAGGUGGUUUACGUGAUCCGAUAUGGCGCGACGGGCGAGCUGGUCAACGCCUCCGUGUCUCUGGUGCUCGGAUUCAUUCGUGAUGCUUCGGUCCUGCUGCAGCAGGACUUCCGGGUCACCUUUGUCCAGGACGGCGGUGAGCUGGCUCUUCACUUCAGCGGAAAUCCCGGUUAUGUGGUCGGACUUCCUCUCCUGUCUGGAUCAAAAACCACAGAAGGGAUCAGCCGGAGCGUGGAGCUCCGAGACGCUCUGUCUCUGCUGCACGGUGGCGAGGAGGAGCAGGACUGUCUGCGAGGUCCUCACCGCCGCUCCCCGGUCCUCUUUGGUCUGAACUCCGUGUCCGGAUGCUCGUUGAGGCUGGAGGACACGACCAACUGCUCACUGGUCAGUCAGCAGCUCCUGGAGGUCCUCCGAGGACCAAACUACCCGCAGUACGUGGCGUCCUUCGGAAACUCCCCGCUGAACAACCAGCUGGACUGGAUCUCCGUCCAGAGCGGCUUCAGUCCUGUGGGGGAGCAAGGCUGCAGCGUCCCACUCUCACUCCAUCUAGAAAUCCAGUGGACCAAGUACGGGUCCCUGGAGAACCCCCAGGCCCAGAUUGUGAGCAUCACGGAGAUCAUCCAGACCAACAGCAGCAGCUUGCCUUUACUGACUGCAGGCGGCAGCAGUUUGCCGGUCCGAAGCUCCGUGGCCUUCAUCCCCGUUUCUGCAGACGCUCUUCCUGGAUACAGAGCCACGCCCACCAUCAACGCCAAACUGCCCUUCGACUUCUUCUUCCCUUUUGUAUGAACGCACCUCUGCGGGGUUCUCAGAAUUAUUUAUGUGAAUAAGAUUUAAUAAACUAUUUUUUCUAUGAAAA